AUGGUCGUGCAGUACUACAAUCCGUACGACCCCCAACCAUCUCCCACUAUCGAGAGUAAUACCCUCCAUAACAAGAAUGGGCCGGUGAGCCAGAAGCCUCCGAAGAAAUCGUGGUUUUUUCAUGGCUUGUGUUUCGUGCUCCAUGGAGUCCUUGUCUGCGUCCACUUCUUCAUCUUGCUUAUAUGGAUUACUCGCAUUGAGCACAAGGUCGUGUUUCCCAUAGGUAAACGAAGUAACAUUUUGUCUACGGCUCUCGUUCAAGUCUCCCCGAUCAUUUCCACCAUAUACAUUUCUGGCCUUAUCCUUGUCAGCCAACAGCUAGCCACCCGUCGUAAUAUUCAUGCCAGACAAAGGUUAACUGCUACGCAUGAUAACAUGUCUGCAUGGUCUGGUUUGAGAGCCGCUUUGAUUUCCGUUUGGCGCCAGACAUCCAUCGCGGCCAGCCGGAUCGUCAAACCCUUCGACGGCAUCACUGGAAACUGGACCGUCGAUACAGCUUAUGAUGACCAUGUUCAACCCAUCCCUGCUCUCGCUCCGAACAUAUUCAAAUGGUUGAGAUACUAUAGCUACAAUUUUCAAGAUCCUUGGUGUCAUUCCCUCUUCUAUACAUCCGCCAAUAUCACCGACUCGCAAGGCUCUACUGGAAAACUUGUAAUCCUGAAUCCACCCAUGCGUCCUGGGGCACGUAUGGAUGCAUCGCGACUCUAUGAAAGGCAAAUGUCAGCUACUUCGAUGAGGCAACCGUUUACACAACGCAAGUUUUCCGGUUGCACUGUCACUCUGAUCAACCAAACUGCCGUCGUCGAUGCACAGUCUCAUCUUCUUCAACGCGUCUAUCCUCCUGGUCGGAAGACAUCAUCUACAUGGUCACAAUGGAAUCCUCAAACCAUCCCUGCCAACGCGACUGUAUCCUCCUCACCGCAGGCACAAACACCACUGAGCCUAAUCCAGGCUCAACGGGAGGUCCACAGCCGUAGAAUCCCGACCCAAAGCCACCGCUUCCUCCACAAGCACCUCGAAACCCAGAUCCAGAACCCGCACCUCCCCAAUCGGAUCCUUCUAUCAGCAGUGAAUCGCCUCCCAGUUCAGCAGCAGUCGAACUCAGAUCCCGCACCUCCGUCGUCGGGCGAUACGUCUUCAAGUUCCCAGUCCGGGGGGAAUACGUCUCAACAGGGAUCCAAUAACACACCCGCUUCUGGUACUGGCAAUUCGAAUAGCGGCCAACAAGACAGUGGCCAGCAGAACAGUGGCGGACAGAAGAACAGCGGUACUAGUCAGCAGAGCGGCGGCGAACAAGGUGGUAGUCAAUCCGCAUCCGCAGUACCGCCCGGCAUUCCAGAGGCUACUUCGACCACAUCGAGCGCCGCUCAAGCUAACAGUAGCGGACAGUUCGGAAGUGUUACAUACUACGAUAUGUCUAACGUUUUCCUCGACGUUUGGUGGGAGAUGUUCAGCCAGGCUGCCAUUAGCCGAUUCUCGUCAACAAAUGACUGUCCCGGAUUCCCAUGGUCAAACUCCGAGGCCUGUGAUCCAUUGACCGUCGUUGAGCAGUUCAUUAUUGAAGACCUCGGACUUCACUGUAUUCUUUUGGACAGCCCCGUCCGUCCCGCACCCAAAAUUACGCUUCACGAUUUAGAAAACUCGCUAGCAAGUGCAACGGCAGCCUCCUACUGGACAGCUAGCAGACUGAAGAAUGACGAUCCGUAUAACAUAGAGAAUGUUAACAACUACAAAGUGGAAGCCAUGACAGACAACGCGACCAUAUCAUAUCCCUUCACUGUUACGCGUCUGAAUAUCAACCUCACUCCACUCCUCCUAGGUCUCGCUGCCUCUAUCGGCCUUCUUCUCCUCGUAUCUUAG